UCUCUAAAAGCCUUUCCCUCGAUAGAAUUGACAUACAGUCAAACUUGUCCAUAGCGGCCACUAGAGGGAGUCUGCAAAAGUGGCCGCUAUAGACAGGUGGCCUCUAUAGACAGGUUGGCAUCCAGUUUGAAUGUUGAUCAGUAGAGGAAAAAGAAAAAAAGAAAAAAAAGGGUGGGGGAAAAAAAUAAUGUUGACCAGUAGAGGGCACUGCGGACUGCGGAUAAAAGUUGUACAGCACUACUAGACUUGUUAUUAUCAUGGUUCAUGGUUUUAAUUCAUCCUGAACAUGCAUAUGAGUCAAACAGUAGCACAUCACAUAGUACAAUUCACAAUUUUGCAUGUCCAAAAAGGAGUAGGAAGAAGCAAAGCUUAUUUAAUCCUACCCCUCAUCAGUUUCACAUCAGUUGCAAUACAUUUAUUCACCUCUUGUUCUUCCAAGUGUACUUUGUAAGUCUACAUGACAAUGUAGUGCAAUCAUAGCCAAGGUUUUUACUUACUAAAAGGAAGCUAGAGGCUUAAUAAUAACUGAUAGAAUAUAUCCACCACCCACAGAACAAAGCUGUGCUCGUAAUGUCUUACGCUUGUUUUUAAUAUUUUACUUUUUAUACGGCAGAGUGUCAUUACAGCUUUAGUUCAUCAGGAAGUGACGGGAAGUGACGGUGGGUGUCCCGAGCAGGAGAGCUAGGUCAAAAGAAGACGGCUUUUUUAUGUGGAACAACUGACAGUUUGUGUGGAUCUUGUGAAUGAUUGUGACUGAGCUAGGACUCAGUAAUUAAAGUCUACACACGACGGCUUCAUUGAUUGAAAAACAAAACUUUUUCGUGCAUGAAGCUUCUACUUGAGUCGGUAAUUUGGCCGCUAUAUGCGGUCAGAUAUUGACCAAGGGAGACAAAAUGGGUGGCCGCUGGCCGCGUUGGACAGGUGACUGCUAUACACAGGGUCUAUAACAUGUAAAUUUGCUGCGGGGGAUUUUUCAGUGGCUGCUAUAGGCAGGUGGCCGUUCUAUACAGAUGGCCGCUAAGACAGGUUUGACUGUUUUUCAUAAAAAUAUGUGAUUUUUUUAAAAGUUGUAAAAAAAAAGUUGUAAUUUUUUUUUUUUAAAUGCGGUAAUUGCAGAAAAGAUGAUAUUAUUAUGCGAUCAAGUAACUAACUCCACUUCAUGAUCAGCACUUUUUCUCCUAGCUUCCAAUUGGCUGAAACCGUAUGAGAACAUCACCUGUUGCUUAGGAAGCACAUUACGGCAUCUUCACUUUUUUACAGCGUCUAAAAUUAGCUGCAUGUGUGCGGAUCGUCUUAUGCGUUUGAUCCCGCCGUGCUUUUUGCCGCCACCCCCGCUCUUGUUUUCGAGGCCGCCGGUUGGUCAUCGAUCGCAGCGUUGGCUUCCUGGCGCGCGGGGAAGAAGAAGAAGAAGAAGAAGUGGAGGAGCGCUUGCUCGGGAAGCGCUAUUGAUUGCGCUUAAAGUGACAAGAUUGAGAAGGCCCACUCUGACACGUUAUCCCCAUCGCCGCCAACACAACAGAGUGCGGGGGCCCCUGGGAGCGGCACAGCGGAUUGAUUUUUGCCGUCACGAGCCGCCCGACAAACUCGGCCCAUCAAUCACGGCGGCGGUGGCGACGCUGCUGGAAAAUGAGUCGGCCGUUCCUCACCGCGAGGACUGACAGUCCAUUUGAUGUGGGGGGACAAACAAAUGCAAGCGCUAAUCCUAAUCCCAUGUGUCAACAUGCUAUAUGGAGUCACAUGACCAUCCAUCAGGUGGAACUGCUUGUUGCCAAAAUCAGGCUGUCAUCCAGAUAGCGUGACGCAGCAUCACGUGACCUCAACGGGAAGGGUCGCGCCUCGGAGUGUCAACUUUGAUCUUCCCAAGGGGCGGGGUUUAAAACGGAAGAAGGGAUUCUUUCACAUUAAAGCGUCACCACACAGCCUGGAAACUAUGAAGCCCACACCGUAGUUUGAGGAAGCGGUGGUCACCGUGGAGCUGCAAGCGUGAGCAAACAUUGAUGAGAACUGGAGAAAGAAAAGGGUAUUUCGAUUGAUUCCACGUGAGUAGGAGGCGUCACCCCCCCCCAGGAGCAGAUGCCAUGGACGCAUUUAACUUCACUUACUGGAACGCCUCGGAAGGCAACGACACCGACGCGGCGGAGGAGAGUGAGAGCGCCUACAAGACGGUGGAGGUGGUGUUCAUCGUGUUGGUGGCCGGCUCCCUCAGUCUGGUCACUGUGAUCGGAAACAUCCUGGUCAUGCUGUCCAUCAAAGUCAACAGGAACUUGCAGACUGUCAACAACUAUUUCCUCUUCAGCCUGGCGUGCGCUGACCUAAUCAUUGGACUGUGCUCCAUGAACUUGUACACGGUCUACAUCGUCAUCGGGUACUGGCCUCUGGGUCCGGUGGUUUGUGACUUGUGGCUGGCACUGGACUACGUGGUCAGCAACGCGUCCGUCAUGAAUCUUCUCAUCAUAAGCUUUGACAGAUACUUCUGCGUCACCAAGCCCCUCAGCUACCCCGUCAAAAGGACCACCAAGAUGGCGGGGAUGAUGAUCGCCGCCGCCUGGGUGCUGUCUUUCAUCCUGUGGGCGCCCGCCAUCCUUUUCUGGCAGUUCAUCGUGGGUGGGCGGACAGUGCCUGAGAAGGAGUGCUACAUUCAGUUCUUCUCCAACGCCGCUGUCACCUUUGGCACGGCCAUCGCCGCUUUUUACUUGCCCGUUAUCAUCAUGAUUCAGCUCUACUGGCAGAUCUCCAGGGCGAGCAAGAGCCGCGUAAAGAAGGAGAACCGAAAGCCAUCAGGAGGCAACGCCGAGCCUCUGUCGCCCGUCCAGCGGAGGAACAACAAACCCAACAAUAACAACAUACCCGGCGAGAACGUAGGUUGCUCCCAGAGCCAGAAUGUGGACGAUAGCACAAACCAACAUGACGGGAGGAUGCAGAACGGCAAAGCGCCUUCAACCACAAAUGAGGGAGAAACCGAGGGUGACGACGUGGCGAGGGACGUCUGUGGUCCCGGAGAAGAGAAGGAGAGCUCCAAUGACUCCACCUCAGGCAGCGUGGCGGCGUCCAACAUGAAAGAAGAGGAGGCGGUGCCCUCAGCGGCCAACUCCAGUGCAGACACCAACCAGUCUCUGCCACGCCAGCGGGCCAAGGCAGGUGGCUCCAAACUGACCUGCAUCAAAAUCAAGGCUAAAUCCCCCAAAGGUGACUGCUACACGCCCUCCAACGCUACUGUGGAAAUAGUGCCCGCCUCUGACCGGCAGAACCACGUGGCCCGCAAGAUCGUCAAGAUGACCAAGCAGCCGCCCAACAAAAAGAAGAAAGUGGCGCCAUCACGGGAGAAGAAAGUGACGCGCACCAUCAUGGCCAUCCUGGUGGCGUUCGUGGCCACAUGGACGCCUUACAACGUGAUGGUGCUCAUUAACACCUUCUGCUCCAGUUGUGUCCCCAGCACGGUGUGGACGCUGGGGUACUGGCUGUGCUACAUCAACAGCACCAUCAACCCCGCCUGCUACGCUCUGUGCAACGUCACCUUCAAAAAGACCUUCAAGCACCUCCUGCUCUGCCAGUACAAGAACAUUCGGUCAGCCAGAUAGAGAUGUUGGCAUGAGGAGAGUGCCAUGUGUGCAUGUUUGUGUGAAUGACCAUUCCAUCAUUUACAUUUUGGACCACUUUACAGAAAUUAGCUGUGUUGUGCAGGAAGGGACUCCUAAAAGAGGAACCGCAACAUUUUGACAACUUCACACUGGGACAAUAGGGCUGCCUGAAUUUACAUACUUUUUGAACAGGUAUUAAGUUCAGUGACAAUAUUUGUCGCUAAGUGUACAAAGUAGAUCACCGUUUGUGUUCACACUUCAUCACAGCACAUCCCUGACUGACAUUGAAACUGGAUUGAACGCCUUUUCAUCCUCGUUAGGUAAAUUGCAGUGGCUGCAAUGUGCAACCUCGCCACCAGAGGCCACUAAAUCCUCUGCACUUGUAAAUCUAAAAGGUCCCGCAUUAUAAAAAAGUCACAUCGUGACAGAGAAAAACCUCCUUCCUCAUGGACAUGAUACCGCCUCUGAUCCGCCCGUAGCUAGAUCAGUCUGCCCAGUGUAUAAACCUCACUUCCUGAAACAUUAAGAGUCUGCCGAGUUGUCAGGUCGGGCUUUUCGCUCGACGACUAGCGCUCUCAACUCUCAAUCUGCGGACCUUGGUUCGAGCCCAGGGCAAACGCUGGGCUGGUUGAACCAGGUGGGUUACAUUGAUGCACUGACCCUGAUGAAAGUGUGGUUUGGGGGGUGACGAGUGCCAACCAGUGUGGAUAUACGUUGGUAAACCUCACUCCGUGCAAGCUUAAGAGUGGCGCUGGAUGUCGAGUUGACAGUCCGGAUUGCUAGCGCUUUGGAAUCUCUCAUUCUGCGGGCUUUGUUUCAAGCCCAGGGCAAAAUAAGGCACUGGUUGAACCCAGAGGGUUACAAAUGUAAAACAGCAGGCUUCACUACAUGUCUUACAACAAAGCCAUCAGUCAGACAUGGAAGCUGUAUGUUUGAUCAUUUAGUUUUUUGAGUAAAUAGGAUAACCUAGCAUCAUCUUGCUGUCAUGGCGAUCAUGUUAGCACUGUAGCUCACACAGCUAUGCUAGCGUUGGUAACGUUUGUGUCCUCCUGUCCCACUCCAUGCUCCAUUGUUCUAUGUCAUAUAGGGCCUCUAUUACGUUGGACAAGUGCAGUUACGGUGUGUAUGUAAAAAGUGGAUAAAGUACACAAUAGCGCUUCUUGGAGGCACAUGCUGUCGAAAACACAGCUCAUUAGCAUUAAAGCUACACAAACACAAAACGCUGUGUUCCCAGUCAGGCUCAUAGAAAUACAGCAUACUACAAUAUGGGACCUUUAAUGUUCGACUUCAUGAUUCUGGGCUUCACUUCUACAUGUCUUUUUUUCUAAAUGUGAUUAAAAUUUUAGGAGCAUGCGCUAGAAAGUUGCAAGCUGGUACUCAAAAGAUGUGCAUAGGCGAUUGUUCAGCCCAACUUUGUUUUGUUGACAGAAUCUCGAUAUUUGCUAACACAGGCUAAUAACAUAUUUAUGUGUACUGUCAAAUAAGGAACUAUCAAGCAGAUAUAGUCGGAGCUCAGAGCUUAUUAGCGUGUUUGUGUGAGCGUGCAGUGGAUCAAUAGCGCCUCUAUGUGUGCGUGCGUGUGUGUUGAUGCGUGGUUGCGCACUCCAAGUUUGGAGUUAACUGUGGAUCACAGCUUGAUGAGCUGGUGAUUUUUCUAAACAAAAAGGGCUACUAGCAUCAUGUAUUUAGCUAGUUUAUCCAUUCGGAACAUCUUGAGUCCGACAUACCCCGUUACCGGGGCCAGCGAGGCUCUGGCUAUAUAGCGAUGUCAAUAAUAAUCUAUAGUCAUCAUCACUGUACCCAUGAUGUACAUCUAUGUAACGUAGUCCAUAAAGUCAGAAGAUUUCCACGUUAGCCACUCCGACUGCUAAAUUUCACUGGACAUGAAGGCAGAAUUGUUCAAAAAUGAGCAUUUAUGAUUAUGAGUCUUGUCUUACCUUUGCCGUUUUCUCUUUGUGGCUUGGUUUCAUACCAACAAAGUGCCGUUUUUUCUGUUAGUCCAUUGUUUGGGGUUACACUGACAUUGACACAUAAUGUGGUAACUAGGGAUGUCCCAAUCCACAUUUGUUCCGUUUUUAUUUUCCGUCUUGCUGAUCCAAUGCGAUCCUUUUUAUUUGUCAAUAAUAAGCUUUUGUUACAAACAUGAAUAUGUGGAGUUGAAUAUGGUUAUGAAACCAGCUCUUCAAGGCAUUAAAAAUAAUGCAACCAAAGUGUGACUGAGUGUGUAGGGUCCCUAAUCCAAUAAAAGUCCACCCAAUAAAAGAUUAAAUUGGAAAAAAUGGGUGUGCAAGAUACUUUUAGGGUAAUACUAAUCAUUUGACAUGGUUAUAGAUGCAUUUGUGGUGUGAUUUAGAAUAUAUGCCUUUUUUUAUUAACAAACUCUCUUCAACACAAUAGUAAUUUAUUGACGGUCUCUAGUAUGAACAACCAGCAGUUAGAGCGGCUCGGCUGAGCACCAUAACUCAGCAGUCCGGGCACAGUUAGGGUGAACUACCGCUGUAGCUACGGAGCCCGAUAUCCAUCGUGAAUCUACCUUCAGCACGGUACACCUUGGACAUGUCUGCAUGGUGGUGUUGCCUUUUCUUCUUCUUGCUGGUGGCGGGAAACAAAACAAAACAUGUUUGUGGUCACAUAUAUCAAUCCAUCCAAAUCUGCCACGAUGACAUGAACAACUUCAUUUGGAUUUUUGGAUUUCAAGAAACCCGGUGCGGUGUCGGGCUCAAGAGGUUAACUAUUACCCAUACACAUCACUUUGUCUACGGACCUUCACAACAUAAACGUCAUUUCUUUCAUGCUGUCUUGGCCAGGGGAGUCCGAAGUGCGGCCUGGGGGCCUUUUCUGUUUAGUUUUUUUUUGGCCCGCGUAGAAAUGAAAUUGAAACAAAAAUGCCUGCAGAAAUAGUAGAGAUGCACGAUAUCUCUACCGAUAUGGUACCGAUAACCGAUCUUCUUUUAUAUUUACUUUUUUAUUUACUGGACUGGAACAAGAUGAUGACAUCACUACUACCAGGAGAACCAGAGUAUAGAGGGGGAGGAUCCACCUGCUGUGGCCCACCAAGGUGCACUGUAUUCGGGCACACGCCACGGAGGUCUAUGGCAAACCUUUUGCUGAUAAGGUUUUUUGUGUGCUGGAUUGGGGUGGGGGGUUUCAUCGCAGAGCAUUUGGUACAACUAGCGCAUGAAAUGUCUUCCUCGGAGGGUGAAUGUUUGUUUACGAGUGAGCUCAGGGGAAAUUAUGACAGGCCGUUAACGUCACAGGCAGGGGAAGAAAGGAGCGCUUGAUCUGCUCGCCCGCACAGUACGAGUAAUCUCGUCUUGUGGUUUUUUAAUUAUUGGUUAUAUAUUUUUAAUGUUAUCGGAUUUAUCGGUAUGAUGUCCGAUUGGCCGGAUAAUCAUUGGUCCGAUAAUUAUCAUGCACCCCUAAAAAAUAUAUAUUUAAAUAUAGAUCAAUAUCAAGGUGUAUUCUUUGAUUUUUUUUUCCUUGGUGUAAAAAGUAGGGCCACUCCUGCCUUAUGACGUCCAUUAGUGAGCUCCACAUGCUCCAUUAGCAUCCUUCACGCUGUACAUGAAUGAAACAUUGGAUCAUUACAUGCUCAGCUAGAGCGCACACAUGCUCAGCACCAGAAGUAAACGUACCUUUUCAUCCAUUUGGAGACAACAAUCCACAUUAUUCCGCUGACCAGGAGGCAAAAUUAGCCUUUUAUUGCGCUUGAUUGCCUUCUUUGAGUCGCCUUGAUGGCUGGAACGUGAGCUAGCAGGGCAAUCUGAGCCAAGCAGCUCAGGAAGUUAGCAUUUCUUUUGUGGUAAUAUGCUCUUCAGUGGACAGAUCAUAGAUCAACCCUGUCCAAGCAGGACUUACAAGUAGAGUUGUGUCUCAUGAGUCCUUUGUAGCCAAAGAGCUGCCUAGAAUUUGUAAUUGCGAGCUAGCAGCAACAGUAUGGAGGUCCAGAGGUCUUCACUGGAGUAGACCUCUCAGGUGCCCGAUGGAAAGUGAUAACACGUGUUUAGCUAGGUAUGCUCAGUGUACCUUUAGCAUUUGUUUUGUACGAAUAUGUUUGUGUCUCAUGAGUCUCAUGAGUCCUACAAUUUGUCAUUGUUAGCUAGCAGCAACUGUAUGGACGUACAGAGGUCCUCGUUGUAGUAGGCUGCUCAGGUGCCUGAUGAAAAGUGCUGAGACGUGUUUAGCUAGGUGUACCUCUGUUACCUGGACCCUUUUGGGGCAAACACACACAUAACUUGACCUUUAAAAUCAACAGUGUUCUUUAUCUGAUACAAAGACAAAUAAUUCCUGAGAACUGAGGAGGAUUUUUGGUUAGUUUGUGUGAAAAAAAAAACCCUGAAAAAAGCAGCAUAGCCAUACUUUACUUGGCCAUUGAGGCAAUAGGCAGCCUUGAAAAUCAAUAGGGUGCUUGCUUUGACAGAGACAAGCAAUUUAUAAGAAUAGAGGACAAUUUUGUCCUACUUUUGUCUGUCCCACUUGGACACGCUUGGCUCACACAUCCUUUAAAAUCAACAGGAUGCUUGUCUUGACAGACAACUCCCAAUUUCAAAGCGUUUGAGGACAACUUGUGAGGAAAUAAAAGUGACAAGGAUCACAUCCUGAUUUGAACUUUGGCUUCCGUCGCAGACCUGAGCUCUCUGGUUCUGGGUCAAACAUCAUUUAAAAUCAAUAGAAUUCUUCAUUUCGUACGUAGACAAAUAACUCCUGACAAUUUAGGUGCAGAGCGGGGAGGGGAUAUUACUUGCCUUUGUCACUUUUACCCCAUUGUUUUAGGAUCAUCCAACCUGCUUUAAAAUCAAUAGGAUGCUUGCUUUGGCAUUCAAUUAAAAUGUAAAAUAAUAAUCAUGACAAAUCCUGACAAUUAAGGAAAAACUGUGGAAAUUUGGUGGAAUUACUUUGACUUCCAAUAUUACUGUUGAAAUAAUCAAUAAACAAAUAAAAUACAUGAAAAGAUACACUCCGGAUCCCAAUGUUAACAGCAGUCGAAAAAUGUCAAGAAUGUGCAUUUUGCUCUGGUGGAUCUUAAGGAGGUUCUAAGCGGAGCUUGAAAAAGCAAGAAGAAAAAUGGGAGUGAGAGAAACAAGAAGCGUUCAAGUGAAAUAGGCUGUUCAUCACAAGUUUACGAGCACAGCCUUAAAAAGGCAAAAUGUUGCUAACAAUGUGGACGGAAUGUGACGUAGUGUCAGGUGUUCACGCUGUCAUCAUCUCUUGAUGGCAAAGGCAAAAAACGCGGUGGGAUUGUUGAGCUGCAUAAGCAAGGCCUCUCUCUCUCUCGCAGCGCACCAUUGCUGCCGAGGUUGGACGCAGUAAGAUGGUCACUUCAAACUUCUGAAGAACAUCCUGAGGCUCAUGGAACAAAAAGGUCAAGUGGUAGACCCAAAAAACCCAUUGGCUGUCCGUCAAGACACGGGACCGUCCUCGGACCAAAUGAAGGUUGUUACUGGCGCCGGGUGCGGCCCGAUGACCAUCUUCAAAGGCCUGGCCUCCUUCGAGGUUUGGAAUUAGCAGGAGAGCACCAAACAUGGACAUUGAAAGGUGGAAGAAAGUUUGAUUCUCCCUUGAAGCUGAAGCAUGACAAGGAGAUCCCACCUGAGAUGUUUUCCACCAUCAUGAUCCUUCAAUGGAACAAUGGAGCUUCACGUUGUGCGGGGGCGUCCAACGGCAGCCGGCUAUGUGGAGAUGUUGCAUGACUGGAGGCCCUCGUCUGUGUGGUAAUGACUGGCUUUUUCAACACUUGACAAAGGACUUCUUCCAGAGGAAUAAGUUCACUCUUUUGGACCAUCCUGUGUGUUCCCCUCAUCUAGAUCCAGCGGAGAACAUUUGGGGAUGGAUUUACACCAAUGGACAUGAGGUCCAGACAGUGAAGCCAUCUUCAGCACCUGGAGCAACAUUCCCACCAGCCUCCUGGAAACCCUGGCAUCAAGCACACCCAAAGCCAUUUUUCACCUCAUUAACUAAAACUGUGCAGCGACUGCAACAUUUUAUUUUCUAUUUCAGGUUUUUUUUAGCUGAGGUCUUAAACUUCUGAUGAUUUCUUCUUUUUGCAUUUUCAAUCUCGAGUUAGACGCUCCUUAAUCUCCAGAAUGCACAUUCUUGCAAUUUCUCAACUGGUCUUAACAUUUUGACCGGGAGCGGGGCCGGCUCUACACUCCGGCAAUGGGGGGGCAACACCCCCCUAAAUAAAUGACUUACCAUCUGUCACCUCUCAUCCAUCUCUCAUCUCAGUGGUGAUGCCGCUCCGCUGCUUUGAAACCUGACACCACAGGGCUGCGUUCUUGGUCGUUUGCAUGCUAACAGUGAUUGAAUGUUUACUGAGAGGAGGGGAGCGGAGGGGGGCCGAUCUGGGAUGUCAAGACACUUUGAGGAAACAGAUGAAGCCUCCGUUAGACAACUAAUAAUUAACAAUAACUGAAAACAAAGGUUAACAUAACGCCUUUGUAAUAUAUUUGUUCAGUGGACUGGGGGCCAUGGUUCGUGAUAAAUUGCUGUUUUUCCCCAGUGGGACCUUUUAUCAGCCACACGUGCACACUGGGGAGACUGCAUGGAACAGACUGCCAGGAGUCUUCAGGUGGGACCCGAUCGGGAGUGUACGUAAAACUAAUGGAGGAUAGAACAUUUGUGACGGCUCAUGUGCUGAUUUGACCUUUCACCUGGGCCAUGUGGUUCUUAAAGCGAGUAGGCUUUCUAUGAGAGCUAGCUAGCCAGCCACCAAGCUGCGUUUGCAUUGGAACCCAAGAAGGGAGAUGCACCAAACGCAUCGAGCGUGGAUACCGUCAUCGUUGUCAGCUGCGGUGCGGGUACUGAGAAAGAAAGGUAUGCCAAGGUGGGCAAUAAGAGACAAGCGGGCGACAUGUGUGCUUUGCAGACGUCCAACCAUCCCACAUCAAAUCUUUUGUUGUCAUGCGAUCAUCAUCGUGCCGUCAGAGCCAAUCGGGCUCCUCUUCACACGGCUUAAGUCAAAGGGCUCGCCUCCUUCCUCGGGAGGCACAUGAAGGACACAUAGGACGUAGGAGAGGAGGUGACAAGGUGUCCAAAAUAGCAAGACUAUAUCGGCGGAUUGUACGGAGCAGUUUUUAAAGUGCCUUAGCGGGAAUGGCAAAUUGCUCUUGUGUGUUUGUUUGGCUCUGAGCUCCUGCUACUGUGUCCUUUAACAGCCGCCAUCGUCAUCGUGUGUGUGUGUGUGUGUGUGUGUGUGUGUGUUCCCUAAAUGGCACAUCGGUGCACAAGAGAGCGAGCGUCUAACAACAAACAACCAAGCUUCCAAAGACUUGAUAAACUCGGUGGACUAUUUUCACCUUUUUUAAAAAGCGGCGUCUCUUUUUGUACAUAAACACUUCAGUCGUGGGUUUUGGUUUUUGUUUGUUUGUUUUUGUUUUUUUGCGUUUCUGUGGGCAUGGUUUGCAAAACACCGCCAACGCUGGACACUAGGGGGUGCACGAGUAGCCUGCCGCUCAUGUUUGCUGUUGUUUUCCUGUGACGUGUGGCUUGAUUGUUUGUAAAUAUUGAAAUAUAUAUAUGAAAUAAUCUACAUAAGUCUGUUGGAAAAUGUAUAUAAUAUGUGUGUUUAAUAGCUAAUAUCUAAAAUGCCUGCCCCACCCCUCGCCCUUCACCCCCCAAACUACCCUUUCUCCCCUGGACAGCGCCCCCUGCAGAGUAACAGUGCUAUUCAUUUCUCAUGUCAACGUUUAGUGCUUCAAUUGUGCCAUAUUCUUUCAGGAUGGAAAUCAUAAUAACAAUAGAAAUAAAACAUGUUUGAAAUGUC